GUUUUAGAGAGAGAAAAACAGAGGAUUUUUGAGAGAGGAAAACAGAGGAAAAAGCUGCUUGCUUGAUUGCUUGAUAUACUUAUCAAUGGCCGCCAAAACCCAAGACUCUGACAGAGUCACAGUUUCAGCACCGCCGCUGCUGCCGACGCAAAGACCGGUGAUAACACUCCCCCCGCGGCCGUCCGCAGAGGCCUUUUUCAGCGGCGGAUCUGGGGCGAGCCCGGGCCCGAUGACUCUGGUCUCGAACUUCUUCGACACCUACCCUGAGUCGGAUUUCAGGUCCUUCUCUCAGCUCCUAGCCGGAGCUAUGGGCUCGCCGGUGGGUUCCACCAGGGGGAUGAGCUUUUUUACCGAGAACCCAGCUGAUGGUUUGAGAAAAUCAGGCGGAGGUUCCGAAAGCGGGGAGGGUAGUUCCGGGUUUAAGCAGAGCAGGCCGAUGAGUUUGGCGGUGGCUCGGCCGCCAUUGUUUACUGUUCCUCCGGGGCUCAGCCCCUCUGGGUUGCUCAACUCGCCUGGCUUUUAUUCACCUCAGAGUCCAUUUGGAAUGUCACACCAGCAGGCCUUGGCACAGGUUACUGCUCAAGCUGCACUAGCCCAAUCUCGUGUGUACAUGCAACCUGAGUAUCAACCUUCUUCAGUAGCACCCCCAACAGAGCCAGAGGAACGUCAACUAUCCUUAAUGCCCAAUGAAGCUUCACAGCAGCAGACAUUGCCCUCAACAUCUAAUACUAAAAGUUCUGCAAGGCAAUCCCCAGAGGCAUCUCAUUCUGAUAAGAAAUACCAACCUUCAUCCACUGAUAGACCUGCAGACGAUAGCUACAACUGGCGGAAAUAUGGGCAGAAGCAGGUUAAAGGCAGUGAAUUUCCUCGAAGCUACUACAAAUGCACACAUAUGAAUUGCCCUGUCAAAAAGAAAGUCGAGCGUUCUCCUAAUGGCGAAAUAACUGAGAUUAUCUACAAGGGGCAGCAUAACCAUGAAGUCCCUCAACCGAGUAAACGCCCAAAAGAUGGUGAUCUGAAUGGGCCUAAGCCUGAAAACGGAUUACAAAGAAGGAUAGGAGAUUCAAAUAGGUCAAGUGAAAAUGUAGCUUCGUACUCACGACGUGAGAUGGAUCAAGAAUCUACUCAAGCCGCUCCUGGACAGUUACCGGGGGAAAAUGACAAUGAAGAGUUGGGCGAUGGGGAAAGUAGAGAAGAGGGAGAUGCUGAUGAACCUAAUGCAAAGAGAAGAAACAUAGACGUUGGCGCAUCUGAGGUAGCUUUGCCACAUAAGACGGUCACAGAACCAAAAAUCAUUGUGCAAACAAGGAGUGAAGUUGAUCUUUUAGAUGAUGGUUAUAGGUGGCGCAAGUACGGGCAAAAGGUGGUCAAAGGGAAUCCUCAUCCGAGAAGCUAUUACAAAUGCACUUUUGCGGGAUGCAAUGUCCGUAAGCAUGUUGAGAGAGCUUCCACUGACGCCAAAGCCGUCAUCACUACAUACGAGGGGAAACACAACCAUGAUGUUCCAGCAGCAAGAAACAGCAGCCACAACACGGCCAAUAAUAGUGCAUCACAGUUAAAACCACCAGCGUCUGGGGCUUCACAGCAUACCCUACUCAAAGGGAGAGAAUAUGGAAACAAUGACCAGAGACCGGUACUUCUUCAGCUAAAAGAAGAACAAAUCUUUGUUUAAAGUGCUUUGGUGAAAUCCGUUAAGUAAAGGUCAGUAUUCAAGUCCAACCAACUAACACGAUGCAAAAUGAACAAAUACAGAGAAGGUGUGUGAUCUUUUUGAUAUGUACUGCUGCACAUGUGGAUGGUUUAUAGGCUUGGCUGCAUAGGCCCGACAUUAUUUGUAAAUUCGAAUGCAGAAAUAGGGUCGUAUUCAUAUAGACUUACUUCUCGAGGAAAUGCGAAUAUACAAGUAUACAACUGAUGUAUAAAUGUGCUUUGAAUCUACCUGGAUUUUUUCA